GCGAUGGUCCAGGCGUAAUGGCGACUGCUGAAACAGCAGACUCGGGAUCAACAGUCCCGACAGAUAUAAGGACUCAGUUCUGGAGGAGAGCUCUGCAGCGAGGGGCCAGCAGCAUUCGGAAAAUGGCCCCUGCAGAGUUGCCUGGUUCUUCAAGCACAACUCAAAGUAUGAAGAAGACCAUCGGGCACCGGGGUGUUGAAACCACCACCGGAGAGACCACGUACAAAAAGACCACGUCAUCUGCCCUAAAGGGAGCAAUCCAAUUGGGCAUUGCUCACACAGUUGGCAGCCUAAGCCAAAAGGCAGAACGAGAUGUUCUCAUGCAGGACUUUGUGGUGGUUGAAAGCAUCUUCUUUCCCAGUGAAGGGAGUAACCUGACCCCUGCCCAUCACUACAGCGACUUCCGCUUUAAGACCUACGCUCCUAUUGCUUUCCGAUACUUCAGAGAAAUGUUUGGCAUUCGGCCAGAUGACUACCUGUAUUCCCUGUGCAAUGAGCCUCUAAUCGAGUUAUCAAACCCAGGAGCCAGUGGAUCCAUCUUCUACGUUUCUAGUGACGAUGAGUUUAUCAUCAAGACAGUUCAACACAAAGAGGCAGAAUUUCUUCAGAAGCUCUUACCAGGUUAUUUCAUGAAUAUAAACCAAAACAAGCGCACCCUGCUGCCUAAAUUCUAUGGACUGUACUGCGUUCAGGCCGGGGGAAAGAACAUCCGCAUUGUUGUGAUGAAUAACCUUCUUCCCCGGAUCAUUCCCAUGCACCUAAAAUACGACUUGAAGGGCUCCACCUACAAGAGACGGGCCUCUCCUAAGGAAAGAGAAAAGGCUGUUCCUACUUACAAAGACCUGGAUUUUAUCCAGGACAUGCCUGACGGUUUGCUGCUGGAAGCUGACAACUACAAUGCCCUAUGCAAGACUAUUCAGAGGGACUGCUUGCUUCUGCAGAGUUUCAAGAUCAUGGACUACAGUUUGUUGAUGGGCAUCCACAACAUGGAUCAAGCAAGUCGAGAGCGUGAGCGUAGCGGAGGUAAUUCAGGGGACAGCGUGGCCCUGGAAGGUCCAGUGACUCCUGAUCAGCGUCGACCACAAGCCCAGAAGAGUUUGUACUGUACCGCCAUGGAGUCCAUCCAGGGCGAAGCUCGAGGAAAAGGAGCUCUGGAUUCAGAAGACCAUGUGGGAGGAAUUCCUGCUCGCAAUGUGAAAGGAGAGAGGUUACUCAUUUACAUUGGCAUUAUUGACAUUCUCCAGUCCUACAGGUUUAUUAAGAAGUUGGAACACUCCUGGAAAGCGCUGGUCCAUGAUGGGGACACCGUUUCAGUUCACAGACCUGGUUUCUAUGCGGAACGUUUCCAGCAGUUUAUGUGCAACACAGUUUUCAAGAAAAUUCCACUUAAGCCGUCACCCUCUAAAAAGAGUCGCGGUGGAGGUCAGGGAGGGCUCAGACGAGCCCCCACUUUGGUGGGUCCCACUCCACUCUCCCACACAGCAGGACAGUCUGCUGGUGACUCCAGACUAGUCUAUCACAGCCAUUUUAAAAGCACAGAGUCAGAGGCUGAGACCGGUGUUCAGUCAGACAAACCAGAUCUGGUUCCUCGGACUCCUCCGCCAGCAGACAAUCCGGCUGAUGCUGAGGCCAAUCUAUCCACCUCGUCUCUAGGCAGCACAGGAGCAGGCUCUGCCUCUCCUCCGCUACGGUCCGUUGGAGUAGAAGUACACAAAUCGGCAAACACAGAUCAUGAUCAAGGAACCUCCCACAGUUUGGGGGCGGAAGGGGCCGCUGAUAAUUCAACCAACCUGUCUGGAAAUGAAGAGGUAGUUUCUCUCUCCGACAUCAUCCCAGAGACUAACAUCUGUUUUUGAAAAAGAACAAAAAAAAAAAUCACCCAAACAAACCCGGCCACAUCUAUGAAGAUGAGGCGCUUCUGGAUGCGACGAGGUGGUUGGAAGUAAGAUCAACAUGAAUGAAAGUCAUCUGUCCAAGACACCCCUCCUUAGCACCUGUGUUAUUUAGUCAACCUUCAAUAUGGACUCGAGCCGCUCCGUGGUCAACAAGGAGAGCUGUAAUGAAAAGAAGUGGACGGCUUCAGUGCUUCACAGGCUGUGUGUUCACGUUUGAACACACAGCCUGGACAGCUGUUUGUCCACAGCUGUCCCAGAGAAAAGCUCCGGUCACUUGUGUAUUGUAAUGAAGCAAGCCCUCCUUUCUGUUGUAGACAAAAGAGAUGUGAUUGUGCAGAUAAUCCAGCAGAAGCACACUGAGCUCAGAGCACAUGAAGGGCAAACCUCUGUGGAAUGAGGGAGCAAAUGGGCUCUUAAUAUGCGACAUCACAUCCUCUGUACCUCUGAUCAGUAAAGACUCUCUGAACUGACAAUGGAGUUAAUAGAAACCAUUCAAUCAACACUUGCUGCUUGACUCCACAAUCACAUAUGCAUUUCUUCCCUAUUGUUAUCUGUGUACAGUAUUUGUAUGGAAUCGGAGCAAGAGGCUGCAGCCGGUCAGGUCGAACCAAACCUGAGGACAUAAGUUUAGUUUCAUGUUUUAAAUUAUUCUUGUAGUUAUUCAGUGGUACUAUCAAGACAUUUGCCACUGAUGAAUGUAUUUUUACAUUCUUCUGAAGUAGAAUCGGUCUUACCACAUUUAUAACAACCUGAAAAUCCUCCCAGUUCUGAUGUGGCCACUAGGGUCGCACCGAUUGCUGGUCAACCGAUCUUUAAAAAGUCUGAUCUCCCUAUUCAGAAUACCGAUUUUUUUAUUAUUAUUAUUAUUUUUUUAUUUUUUAUUUUCUUAAACGUUCCUAAAUAUAGCAACAACGUUCUUAAGUUAGUAACAGUGGGUGGCUAAUGGGCGGGUCUGACAGUCAGUCCUCUCACAGCAGAGCAAAAUGGGAAAGUGGUUGAUUUUCACACCUUUGUGGAGAUCGAUAAGAUUGGUGGAGAAGGUGGGUUUCUCAUAUAAACAUUGGUAAUAAAAUUGAGGCUGAUGUAUUGUUGCGCCCCUAGUGGCCAGAUAUGCUGAAGUAGGAAUGACUACAGAGCAAAGUGUUUGCAUCCUGGCUGGAUGGUAGAUGCUGGUAAAUUAAUGUUUUUUAUAUAUAUAUAUAGAAUUGUAGUCAUUUUUAAGUUAUUGUCUACCUGUCAUGUCUGUGCCUUGUGCGUUUUUCUUUGACUUUUUUAUGUAUAGCUGAUAUUGUUGAAGGUUAGUGCUAUAGUUGCACACAGAACCUGCCUUAUCACUACUGCUGAUGUUCAUCAAACUGCCAUUUGUAUGUCCUAACUAACCAGUCAGUUGUGAGGGUUUACAAGAGUUUCAGAUUUUAAUGCAAACACUAACACCAGUUGCCAGUGCGGUUGAUUUUUGUUUCUCCUGACUUCAAACAGGAGCCAUUUCUGCUGGUUACAGAAAUGACAGUGAGUCUUAGACCAAUAUUACUAACCGUGAGUUGAUGGGGGACUUUUUGAAAUGAGGGUCUGUUAAAAGGUUGCAAGCAGUAAAUAACUUGCCUGCAGCAGAUAACUGCCUUGGCAUCUUUAUUUAGUAUAAAUCCAGAUUAGUUGGUCGGAGAGGUUGAAGCUAAGGGCUUGUCUGAGAGGAUCCAAGAGCAAAGAGGAUUUCUUUAAAGGUCUUAAAACAGCUACAAUCUAAAAAAUAUUAAAGACUCGUCUAGACUUUAUGAGAAUUUGUUGGGUGUGAAUUUGUAGAGGAAGUGUGCCUAAGCAUUUUUAAUUAGUUGUAUGUUUUUCAUGUCAUAUUAUGUUAGCUCAUCUACAGCUCAUAAUUUCUGAUACAGUUUAGACUGUAAUGAAGUUUUAUUGACUCGAUCACAGUUAUUGUCAGCAGGGGAUGAUGAGGAAGUAAAAUUAAAACAUUAAAAUCCCCUUAGCUGUAUUGGAACUGAAACAAAAGGUUGGCAUUUACAACAACAAAAUGCCUCUGGAAUUUUUUACAAUUACUCCAUUACGUUAACUUUUUAAUGACUUUAUAUGCGAUAUAAAGUGUACUCACUUUAUUGCUAAAAAUCAUGUUGUUGUUUUUUUUGUUUUGUUUUGUUUUUGUACACAACAAACAGCCAGGAUAAAAUACAAAGUACCAGAAAAUCUGAGGGAAAAUAUUCUGGGUUUCAAUCAAAACAUCUAUGUGAACGCUACUUUAAUAACAUUCAUUAAUGAUGCAAGAAAUCAGACACUAAAUUAUCUGAUAUACGUCACGUUUACUGCUUGUAACCCUCAAAAGAACCUGAUUCAAAAAUCCUGAAGAUUAAUGCAUUUUAAAAGCCUUAGUGUUUGUACACAACAAAUUUGGUUUCCUUUAUUGUUUGGAACAAUGAUGUUUAUUCAUGUUUAGAACAUGAAUGAAGCUACUGAUGCAGUUAAUGUUAGUUUUCAGAAGGGACUUCUGUUGCAGAAAUUAGAUUUACUACCUAGUGACUGUAGCAAAACUUGCCAUCGUCUCAUUUCCUGUUAUUGUCUGAAGCAUGUGCUCUAUGCAGCCGUGAGGGAGCAGGAGAAACUAAUCAAGAGAAGCAAAAUGGUCAUGUUCGUUCAUGCACAGAGUUGAGGGUGGAGGUGUAAGUCUUUUGUAUUCAUGGCACCAAAGAGAGAAGCAGAGCGGACCCAUGAAGAGUGCGCCUGAGUUGAAGAAUGUGUGAUCCACUCCUACUUGGAUUUAUGUGUUUUUUACAUGAUAACACAGAGGUGACCUGUGUUUUAAGGGUUUAUGAUGAAACUGGAUGUUUGUUUUCCUCCUGAACCAUUUCAUUUCUGAAAUGCUGAAUCUAUUGUGAAUCCAGUAGAUUUUUUUAAACUGUUUUUCUUUAUCAUACAGUUGAAUUUAUAGUCUUGAGACAUUUCAUAUGAUAAUUCCACAUUCCUGUAAAACUUCUAUAUACUACAGCUGUGGUAGCGCUUUAGGACCUGCUAUUUCCCACCGUUGUGUUCCGUGGAUGAUGUGCUUCAAGUAUUUAUGCUGAAAUGUUAAAUAUUAACCAUUUGAAACACAUCUGUUUAGUUGCAUCGGCUGAGAGUCAGACAGCAACCAAAUUAACACUCCAAAUGUCUGAUUCUGAUUUGAGAAGAAGUUCAUAUUGUGUUUUCCACAACUGUUUAAUGUGUUUUUUUUGUUGUUGUUUUGUUUUUUUUUUUUUUUUUUUUUUUUUUUUUUUUUUGCUGUUUCUUAAAAUCUGUGGUUGUUAGGUUCGGGAUGAAGAACAAAUCUGAGAUUUUCUACCACACUAUGGCACAAUAGAAACAUCCUUUGGUGCUCUGAGGAUGCAGGCAGGUGUAGACACUACAAAGCUGAAGUAAUGCAAUACGAACUGCAAUCUGCCACCUCUCAGCCCUGUGGGGUUUAUUUAUUUACGCGUUCGAUUGUUGUAGGCCGAGAUGAUGAAAGGUUAUUUACUGUUGAUGAUUGUAAACUGACUGAAGGAUGUCUGGAACUUUAUAGCUUUUAAUGCCUAUAAAGGGAGACGAUUUGACAAUUUCACAUUUUAUAUUUCUUGUUUAAAUUGUGAUACAAUAUUCUCUCCAUGAUGUUUCUGGCUCUUCCAUUGUUUUUCUACAUGAAUGUUUCAAACGGCUUACGAGCCAGUGUUGCUGGCUGUCCUAUAUGCUUCAAUUACUAUAUUUUUACGGUGUAUAAAUGUGCAUAUGUACAUAUAAGUCACGGAAAUGCCUUCUCAUACAACAUGAACUGCCUGUUCUCCUGCCAUCUUUCAGUUACAGUAUGUGGUGGUGAUGUUUUUAUGUCUGAUUUGAAGGAUUAAACAUAUUUUCUAAAUCUGU